CGGGCCCGGCAGAAGCAACACGCACCACCACCACAGCCCUAUACACACACCCGCCCAACAACGGCGACCACAACAACAACGAGACGAGACGACAUGAGCUGGAAAUGGCGCGUCUUGGUGUGCGUCGUGUGUGUGUGUGUGUGUAUGUAUGUGUGUGCGCGUGUGUGCCAUGGUGACCAUCAGGCCAUUCGUCCUCUUUUGUGCGCCACUAGCCAGCUGGGGUAG